UCUUACACCCUUCACACCCCCUUCACUUCCCCUUAUACACACUCAAAUCGCUACCCCUAUGUCACAAAUCGAUCAUUCAAUGUACAAACCGCUAUUUCUAAUUCUGCUGACCCUAAACAUCUCCUUCCUGCUCUACAAGCUCAUUCGUGCCAUCAUGCGCAGUACAAGGCGUAGAUCGCCACCAAGCGAUCUUGUGCUCGUUAUAAUAGUGAACAAGGACCUGAAAAUGUCUAAGGGAAAGGUGAUUGCACAGGUGGGCCAUAUGGUAUCAAAGGUUGUUAGAAAGGCUGUGAAUGUGGAUGAGUGGGUGGACAAUGGAGAGGCUAAGAUUGUGCUGAAGGCUGGUUAUGAGGAGAUGAGGAGCAUUGGACGGGGUGCGAAGAGUGCAGGAGUGCCUGUUAACAGCAUUUAUGACGCGGGGCGAACGCAGGUACCUGCUGGCAGUAACACCUUGAUUGGUUUGGGGCCGUGGAGCAAAGCGGAAGUAUCGGUUUAUACAAAAGAUUUGAAAAUGUAUUAGAACGGUUGUGGGCAGGGAUAGGAGCUGCGUGCAUAGUGGGCAGAGCUGGUGAAGUGCUACAAAAUGCUGGCCGUGCUAUCCGUUCAUAGAACGGACCUAAAAAUAUUAAAAACGUUCUAAAAAGAUAAA